GUUUGGCGUCAUCGUUUGGUUGAUUGUUCCCUGGUUAAUUAGUCAAUUGGACAUCAAAGUUCAGCUCAUAAAUCACAUGAUAACACAGUUUAUUGUAGUUUAUAAAGCCUGACUUAAAAAAAAAAAAUCCAUCCAUGUGCAUCCAUGUAGUAAUAAUAUUACCAAUAUGAAUAUGAAUAAACUUAUGGAAGGAUGAGUGAAAACGCAUGUUUGUACAUUUUAUCAUCUGUAAUCAUGGUGUGGUAGUAAUGCACUACAUAUAACUUGGAUUAUAUAAUUACAAAAUAAAAGUAACUUUAAAAAGUAGAAAAAAGUGCAAUUAGUUUAUAUUUAUUUUACGUCUUCAAAAUAUGGCAACUUUAAAACAAUAAGAUAAUAAUAACAUACAAAAGCAACACACGCACAAAUGAAGCUGCAUCCCCUAUGUUGUAGAAUAUAUACAGCAGGCUAGCCUGUAGUUUGUGCCAGUACUGUUUUUGUCAGGGUGAAUUGAUUUGACCAACUGUAAAUGCUGAAUAUGCAAAGAGAAUUUUAUUUCUAUUAUAAACGUUUUGUAGGUGUUUUAAGAGAGGGGGGAUGUGGAACUCGGAAUAUUGUGACUGUGUCCAUUUCUUAGUAUAAGGAGCAAUUAUUUCAUUUUCAGGUAGGCCUAUCUAUGCACAGUGAAAAAUAGGCUAGUUAUUUUUCAUAUUGUUCAUAUGUUUUUAUUGAGUAAACAGCGCUUAUGGGCCUAUAUUCAAGGCAAUUACAGACUCAUUUCGAGCACGUGACGAAGAGUCUUUAUAAUCCUGCCGCUGAAAACAUAAAGGUAGAAAAUCCGUCAACUAGUGAAGAGGUGACGCUGAGGGGCGUAAAGGGUCUGGGACACACAGGGUCUAAAUUUCAUCGGCAGCAGCGGGUCAACUGUGACUCUUUGUUUCAAGCCAUUUUUUCAUUUUGUCUAAUUAUGAUGGAGAUUCCUGUAUUCACGUUAGACGCCUUCACUAAUUUACGCUUCAAGGGAAACCCUGCGGCGGUUUGUCCACUUAUGCAUGAGCUUAGUGAUGACUUGUAUCAGAGGAUAGCAGCAGAGAUGAAUCUGGCAGAAACAGCUUUCAUCACCAGAAUCAAUCCCUCUGACAACUUUACCACAGGAUCCAGGUUUCGACUCCGAUGGUUUACACCAACCACUGAAGUGAAUCUGUGCGGCCAUGCCACUCUGGCCUCUGCAGCAGUGCUGUUCAAGUAUAAGAAAAAUGUGAAUCCCAAACUGGUGUUCGAAACCAGGAGUGGAGAUCUGGCUGUCGCCCAGCAGGGGGACGGGUACAUCAUGGACUUUCCUCUCAACCCACCGACCCAGCAGGAUGCCAACGAGUUCAGAGACCUCAUUAAGACUGCAGUUGGAAACCAUCCAAUUCAGGGUGUUUAUCUGAGUGCCAACACUAAGAAACUAAUGGUUCGACUGGCUGAUAGCCAUGACAGCUCAGUGCUAAGCACUCUGAAGGUUGACCCUGUUGCUCUUCAGCGCAGUGAGACGAGUGGAAGAGUCAAAGGAAUAAUCAUCACCAUGAAAGAAUCUCCAGACUGUCAGAAAGGAUACGACUUCUACUCCAGAUACUUUGCUCCUUGGAAUGGCAUCCCUGAGGAUCCUGUUACUGGUUCUGCCCACACCGUGCUGGGUAGCUACUGGUCUAAGGAGCUAGGAAAGAAGAAAAUGCUAGCUUACCAGUGCUCCAGUCGAGGCGGCGAGCUGGAACUAGAAGUGAGAGACGACGGAAGAAUCAACAUAGCUGGACAGACAGUCACUGUGCUGCAGGGAACAAUCACUAUAGCUACGGACCAAUGAAAUGAAAUGAUGGGACAGUUAUUGUAAAAUCCCCAAGAUGGUUUAAAUAAAA